AUUUCAUCCUUGGCAUAAACGGCGCAGGUUGGACGCUUUUCUUUGCGAAUUUUUCAGUUCGACAAACGCGUUUUCUGUAAUUUUCAAAGUAAAAUCAAGAACAAAAACACAGUGUUGGAGGUGUGUGUGUGUGCGAAUACAGCGUUGAAAAGUCGUGGAGAACGUGCCAGACGCAACAAAAAAUAUGUUCAUUGUUUUACAUUUUGUGCUGUGCUGAUUUUUAACCAAUUCAUAUUGAAGGAAAACAGUUGCUUUUGUGUUUUGUGUUUUGUUUUUGCGUAUUUUUCUUACAUUCUGCUACCGAGUACGCCGAUUUUCGUUCGCUACAGCAUACGGCAAGUAAAGUUUUUGUUUGGUUUGAAAUUUUCAUUUCUUACAAUUAAAGCAUGAUUAAGAAAUCGAAAUCAAAUCGAGUGUUUAAAAAUAAAUUCAUCGGUGUGAAUCCAAAAAUACAAUAAAUAAAUGUGUUACGGUGAGUGUCAGAACGUCACAUAACGUUGGCGACGACGUCGAAGGCAGCUGGCUGGCUGGCUGGCUGACGUGAGUACGGCCAAGCAAAGCAAAGCAAAGCAAAAGCAGUUACGUAAAGAGUGGAGAAGCGUAUACAGUAUGUGUGUGUGUUUGUGGGCAUAUUGAAAUGGUUACAAAACAAGUUGUUACGCCCAUUGGCUAGAAUUUUCUGAAGCGUUUGUUCAAUUUUCUCACCAAAUCAGGCGUAAUUUUCACCAGUGAAAUUUUAGUGAACUUAUUUAGAAACCAAUUUGUGCUAGCAGCUGGUAGCAGCUGUCGUGGCGUUUGUAAAUAUGCGUGGAGGCGUGGCUGCCUGCCAUUAAAAUGUUGUCGGCAGUCGCAUUUUUCUACAGAGUUCAAAUACGGCGCUGAAGUCGUCGGAAGCGGACGCAUUAACUCCAGCAGCUGGACAAAUUGGUCGAAAAAUAAAUUCACCUCAAUUCCAAAUAACUUGAAAAAUAACGGUGAAUUAUUGCAAAUCAAGGCGUUAAAUAGUGUGUACAAACGGUUUUAGUUUUUGUGCUCGAUUCAGUGUUAUAAAUGAAUGCCAAAUGUAAUGGUUGAUAAGUGUAAAAAUCUAUAACAGUGUUACGUAAAGUACGUGUUACGUCUUCAUGCGGUGAAAAAAACGAAGAAAUUACAAAAAUUUGUUUUUGUUUAAGAGUUCGAAGUCGCACCGCAAAGGUGAAAGGUUGUGCAUUAAAGAGCAAAACAACAAAAAUAAUAAUAAAUAAGUAAGAUAAAUAAAAAAUAAAAUCAGAAUUGUGAAAAAAAAACGCGAAAAUGCGAAAAAUUAUUACUCAGUGAAUGUGUAGCAACAAAUCAAUAGAAUAGUGUUUACACAAGAAAAAGAAGAACAAGCAAUUUUGCAGUGAAUAAGCAACAAAUAAUGUCAAAAAGUGCCACUGAGCAAUAUCAAAUCAAAAAGAAGCGAAAACACAACCAAAAUAAAGCAAAGAACAACCAGCAAGUGAAGCAAACAAACCAAAUUUUUAAAAAUCAAAUUAAAAUUCACCAAAAUAAUAAAUACAAAGUGUUUAAGAAAUAUACAACAACUACUGGCGACGCUCUAAUCAAACAAUUAACGCUCACUGAAUUCUGUCUGCAGCAGCAGCAGCAGCUACAACAGCAACAACAACUUGAAUACUUAUUUAAUAACAGCAACAGCAACGUAAAUUUAGUGACGCCAACCAAAGUAAUUGUUAACGCCAAGAACGUCAAUAGCGACGUUGUUGCGACGCGUCAGUGCGCGCAGUGCAACAAUCUAGAUAACAACACUGCAACGCAGCGUUCGUGCUGCUUACGUGACCACGCGCAGGUGCUGUUACAAAAGAGCAAAACACGCCUAAGCGAAUAUAAUAGCAACAUUAGUAGUAUUCUGAUUAGAAGCAAACGCAACGCCAAUAGCAACAUGCCGCUCUCACAAGGCUUCUCAGCGAAAGUGUGUGCCGGCGGUGCAGUAAAGCGCACCGCACCCAAGCCUGCGCUACCCCGUCAAGUGGAGGCUGCGAAGCGCAGCAAAUCAGCAGCGGCAGAGAAUUUUACACGCCUCGCGCCACAGCGGCAUCUGCAUGCGCGCCACGCUAAUAGCGGCAAUAGCAGUAAUAGUAACAAAUGUUUGAAGAGCAGCAAAUUCGACAGCGCGUACAAGUCCAUGACAACCGCGUUGGGCGCGUCCUCACUACUAGUGGGCGCCGGUGCGCGCUAUGCGUCCAAUACUUCUACUGAUCUCACGCAUAGCAGCAAUUUACAGUUCUACUAUUUGCUAGCUGAGUCUCUGACGCGCUACGGUAGCCUCUUAGAGGCAUUUGAUGUAUAUGCAUUUAUAGCCAGCGAGCAGCUAGAUAGCUGCAUACCGCUGGAUCGUCUCAAUACAUUCGCGAGCGCGCUUAUAACGUACGUGCGACAAAUGGGCGCGUCUGCUAAUGACAACAGCCAGGAAUUAUUCGCUACGUCCGUGGUGAGCGCGAAUAAACUCUCUGAAAGCACUGCGCUCGAGUCCGCAUUAAAAGUGAAGUAUGAGCGCAGCUCCGCCAGCUGGAGCACCGGUGCAUCGGGUGUGGUGCCAUGUGGAAUUACAGCCACUACACCGCCCGUGCCGGAUGCGGUCGUGGGCGCGGGCUUAGCGGACAUGCAUUCGCCUACGCGAGAACUAUUACGUGUGCCAAGUCCGACGCAAAGCGAGGACUACGAUCCAUUACUUUGCCCGCUGUGCAAUGACAUACUGCGUUGUCCGGUGACAACGAAUUGUGGGCACACUUUUUGCCGACUGUGUUGUGAUACCAUUACGCAAUGCAAUAUUUGUCAUGUGAAGUUUCCGCGCAGCAGUCACGAUGACUUCGUCUCGGACGUAACGAGUGGCGCGCGCAGUUACGCGAACACGUCUAGCUCAACGCUCACCACACUAACAACUUCUACAACUUCGUCGGCGGCUUUAUCAUCUGCAAGCGCUUAUUCGAUGCCAGCGCAUGUAGGCGCGUCGCGCUUGCCAUCAUCUCAUCAAAAUGCGUCCACCUCGGCGUCGGUGUUCACAAACAUUUCCACUUAUGCACCAACUGCUGCGAACAAUACGGCUUCACUAAGCAAUGAUAAUUCUUUGCUUAGAAGACGCCUUCAAUCACGUACCUCACUUGGUGCUAGCAACAACGGCAAUGAUAGCUUGGAAACAACUGUUGCACCCACUCGCUUGCAGUUGGUGCCGACGCCGACGCCUACCCCGCCAACGACCGUGACGACGGCAACUGUUGCUUUAACAACGGCCACGGCCACCACAACAAUGGCGUCCUCGGCAUCCGGCGGCGGUGUUGGCGGCGCUGGCAUUGCGGCGUCAUUAAACAGCUCUGCAGCAAAUAUGAAAUUCAUGCCAGACGUCUUAGUGCGCCGUCUGGUGGAGAAAUGGUGGGGCGCUGAUUUGCAGGCAAAGAAGAACAAUGAAACCGCCGCCAGCUAUAUGCAUAUGAAUCUGCUAGAUGAUGCGUUAAAAUUCUGCAACGCCAGCUUGGAGAAAUCUCCAUCCAAUUUCAAAAGCUUAUUAUUGCGCGCCGAAGUCCUGCGUAAGCUCAAUCAUUUCCAAAGCUCUUUGGCCGAUGUUGAGAACGCAUUGAAGAUACGCCAUACAUCAGCGAAGGCUCAUUAUCUACGCUCUCUGGCUUUAUGUGAUCUAGGCCGCUGUGAUGAGGCACUCUACGACAAUUGUCUGGCCAUUAGUCUCGACAGGGACACUUUACUCACUAGUUCGGAACUAUUUCAACAUGAUCUCGCAAAGAAUUUGCAGAAACUUCUCGCCCAAACCCCGAAAAGCAAAUCGCUGCUACAGCGUACCUUCAGCUCGGCCGCUGCUGUGGCCGCAGUUCCUUACAAAUUACUCUCGGCGGAGCAACAAUUGCGCCGGCGCAAACAAAUCGCUCUGCUGAGCAAUGCCAAUGGCGAUCAUCUGAGCUCAUACGAUGACGAGUUCAUACCGUAUGACAGUAAUAAAUGUGAUAUUGUCGCAGAUGGCGACUAUCUAACACCAAUGGAUGGCGCCAUCGGAGACCUUGGUGGUGUCGGUGUGGGUGAUGGUGUGGGCGGCGGUAACGCCAAUAUUUCCGGCUAUAUCUCAGGUAUCGGCGACACGCUCAUGGAUAAGCGUUUCUCCAUCUAUGCCGGCAUGGAGAAACACUUCGAUAUUGAGCUGCGACGACAAGCAUCGCGUAAACAUUUUCGUCGGAAAUGGACGCCCAAGGAGACGGAGCUGGUGCCCACAUUGAGUUCGUCGUUGGAAGAGGUGCACUACAGUGCGCUGUUUCGCAGCACUUUGGAGCGGGCGAAACUAGAGCUGCAGCGAUUGAAAAAGCUCGAUUUGGCUAACGGUGCGCCACAGAAGCAAAUGUUGCAAGCGCCAGCCGGUCUUGUGGAUGCCAGUGAUUUCGAUUGUGUGCUGUGUUGCCGCACCUUCUGGAAGCCGGUGGUGACACCAUGCGGUCACACCUACUGCCGGGUAUGCUUGGAUCGUUGCAUGGAUUACACCUCCUCGUGUCCAUUGUGCAUGUCGCCACUUGUGGAACCAAAUGUCAAUACCAUGUAUCAGGGCUCAUCCUCGCCCGUUCCCUUCAUUGUGGCCAAGCGGCCUGUGACCAAAUUUCUUGAAGCCGCAAUGAAACGAUUCAUUCCAGACAACUACGAGAAACGUUUUCAGCAAGAGAUCGAUUUGGAGCCAUCGGUGCCGGUCUUCAUUUGUACAACCGCCUUCCCCUACGUACCAUGUCCGCUAUUCGUGUAUGAGCCACGCUAUCGAUUAAUGGUGCGUCGCGCUGUUGAAUCGGGUGAGAAGCAAUUCGGCAUUGUACAGCCGAAUAGCGGUAAAUCACGUUACUUCGAUGUAGGCACUAUGCUGGACAUACGUGACUGUGUGUUGCUCGGUGAUGGCUGCUCCAUACUCAGCACGGUGGGUUGCAAGCGCUUCAAAAUUUUAGCACGCAACGAGAAGGAUGGCUACGAAACGGCCAAAGUGGAAUAUAUCUACGAUGAAACCAUACCCGAUGAGAUGGUGAAGACGGUGAACAAUAUGCAUGCGAUCGUUUUGGCAAAAGCCAUUGACUGGUUCGAAAGCCUCAGCACCGAACUGAAGCAAGAGAUAUUGCAAAGCCUCGGCCAGAUGCCAGCGGUGGAGGAGAACUGGGAGACCAUUGCUGAUGGUCCAGCGUGGGCAUGGUGGAUCAUUGCAUUGCUGCCGCUCAAUCAGCAAUUGAAGGUGGAUAUACUGGCUACAACAUCGCUAGAGAAGCGGCUGCGCGCCAUCGAAAAGACCUUGGACUACAUGUCCGGCACUUUGCGACGCACGCAACAAAAUGACUGCAGCGUUGUGGUGCCGCAGCAGCAGCAGCAACAGCAACAACAACAGCAGCAGCAAUUGCAACAAGAGCAACAAGAAGAUUGCGAGCUUGAGCUGCCGCAAAGUGAUGAAUGCUGCCAGCGCACAACCACCAAUGCGCUGCGCAGCGUCAAUGGUGAGCCGCAUCAUCACCACCAUCACCAUCAUCAUCAUCACCAUCAUCACCACCACCAUCAUCAUCAUCACGCGAGCAGCAGUGAGCAACAACAAUUAUUACUGUAGUGUUACUCAGGCUGUGAGGCGCUGUCGUCGCGAGAGAGAUACGCAGGGAAUGUAAUUUGUGAGAGGAGAAAAUGUUUGCGUGCAACGGGAAAUGCAUCAAUAAAUACUAAAAGCUUUAAAGAAAUCUGAAAAUUAAUUAACACACACACACACACUUGAAAAUCACAAAAAUAUAAGUUGCGCUCUGCGCAUGUGCAACCUCUGCACAUUAAGAAAACCCAUAUUAAACACACAUACACACAAACUGCAAUUGUGCGGUCUUCUAUGUAAAGUGGCAACAGCCAAGGCUUAUGCCGCAAUUAGUUUAAGUUUUCCUAAUAUUUUUUCUAAAAAUACCAUGUAUGUAGAUAUAUAAGUAAUGUAGUUACCAGAAAUUAAUCUGAUAUAUGUAAGUGUAUGUGUAAUAUGAGUUAGAUGUCGUUUAAGCAGUUUUAGCAUUGUAAUCUAAUUACUCGUCUUAUACCAUUUCAAAUGAGGGAAUUUAUAAAAAAAUCUUAAAAUAUAAACAAAAGUGUAGACAAUUAAUCGAAUUAACAGUUGAGCGUGAAA